AUGAUGUAUUGUAGACGUGAUGUAGUAUUGUUAUGGGUGUAGGUCACGGAUAAGAAAAAUUUGAAGAAUUGUUAAUCCGACGACUACUGCGCAACUGCAGCUGACCCCUCCGUGUAUUUAGUAACAGGUUGGCUUCUUGUACGAUUUGAGCGAAAUGUCCUCAAAAACAAAAAGUCUUUUGCGCAAAUAUCCAUACGAGUUUACCUCGUACAUUACACGAAGACAGGGACAGCAUCUACGCUUCUACCAGCUACUACUACGGCCACACAUUGCCGUAAUCGCCUUUUGGCAAACAUAGUUACGACGAUAGACGAUACGACGGCUGUACGUUUGAAAAAGAAAGUGCAUAAGCAUAGCACGUAGGUAUAUCACAUAUAUGAGUCGUGAGUUAUAAGACUUGGUGUACAAAUAAAUAAAAUUGUGGUCAGCAGCCUACCUUUGCCCCACCUGCUUAUUAAGUUAGCAAGGCAGUAA